GUAGGUUUGAGGUGUGCCUUCAAGGACUAGGCCUUAAAAGCAGGAGCCUUGGUAUUUCUCAAAGGCAAACCAAGAGUCAGGAGUUCCCGAUCAUUAAUUUGAGAGAAAGCCAGAAAGUGGUAAGCCUUCAGUUUCUUUUCUGGAAGUUCUUUAAUUGUGAGUGGCAGUUGGAGGCACUGUGAGAUUAAGCAUGUUUCCAUUCAUGGUGAGGAGUUGAAGCAUUUCAUCCUCUAGAUUACUGUAGGUUACAUAAGUCUCUGAUGGGGAGAACAAGGAAGGAUGUGCCCCUGGAAAUGAAUUGAGUUCUCAGACACUUUGGGCUGAAAAAUACAUGAUUAGAGCUUGAUGGUGCUAAGCAUUAUGAACUCCAGGAUUAUGUGCACCACAGCUGAUAUGAGAUAAUAAUGUCCCAGAUGUUUAUGUCUCAGUCAGAUUAUAACUUUCAGUGUCAGGGGUCCUGUAAUAGUGAGUGUGGCACAUGUAUGGCAUUAGAGCUUGGGAAGAGGGACAUAGCUUAAGAAUCCAGUUCAAGAAAGCUUUUCUGUUCUUUCAGGGAUUCACCCAGUCUCUACCAUUUCCCCUUCCUCAACCUCCUUUUGGGAUUCAGAAUGAUGUUUUCUGCCCAUGGGCCAUAAAAUAUGCAAAUUCACUUGGGUUUAUCUAUCUAUCUAUUUAUCUAUCAGGAUUUGGUAGGAAGACAUCAUCCCAAAAUGUCAUCAGUGAGCAAGAGAAGUGUCAAAAGGAACUGGAGGAACUCAAACUUGAAAUCCAGAAGUGUAAAUUCGAGAGGGAUGAACUUUAUCAAAUCCUGGACCUUUAUAUCUAUGAUGAUUGGGACCUCAGGCUGGAUGUCGAAUUGCCAAUACUUCAAUCCGAACAUGAGAGGAGAAUGAUGGCUAUGCAAAUGAUGACCAACUCAAUAAGUGAUGCCAUGGAGAGGUACAAGGAGCUCAUACAAGCGAACAGUUCCUACCGCAUCAGGCACUCCCAGCUCCUGCGUGAACAAGCUCAAUUGAAGAACAAAAUACAGAUUUUGCUGAAUGAGAAGAGAGAACAGCUGGUGGAGCAGACUGAACUGCCAGCAUCCUCUGUGGAGGCAAAGAGGCUCUGUGAAGAGGCCGGAAUGAACAUCUGUGUCCCCAGUGCCAAGCAACAGCAGGUCUGAAAUUCUCCAGCAGAAACUCAAACAUGACAUAGACCAGGACAAGAUCUCCCUUGGUGAGAAGUGGUACAGGAGGAGCGCUAAGUGUGCACAGCAAAUACACCACUAUUGCAUCUCAUCUGUAAUGUCCAUAGCAAUUGUGGACUGCAUUUUCCUCCUUUAGUUUGAUUUCUUUGGAUUGAAUAGGCUGUACUUUCACCUUGCCUCUCUCCAGCAAGUGUACAGUUUUGGAGGGACCCAGAGAAGUGCUGAUGCACAUCAAUCAAGAGCUGCUGGUCAUCCAGAAAGACUGUGCACGUGUAAAUUUGUACUUGUCCUGAUGGGUCAUCCAAAAGGGUUUCAUGGAGAUCAGUUCACAACAUUGGAAAGACUUUGAGACAAAGACUGUGAUGUAUUUUAUACUCGGUAUUGGAUGGUCUUGUCCUUCAUACCCCACUCCAAUAGAAGAGACCUCCUUACAUUCCGCUUGAAAAGAUUAUUACCAUCAGUAACUGCUUAUCUAUUAUGUUCCAAGGCCAACUACGGGGUAUAAAUCUGUUCUGCAGAAUGAAUAGCAAAAGAAUGUUUAGCACAAUUCCUCUGUUUAGAUUUUGGUUUGAGUUUUGAUUAUUUUGGUUCUUUGGUUUUUCUUGUAUUCAUUUGAAAGUUUGUUAUUUAUUUGUUUUUGUUUUAUUCUUACAGUUGAUUCGCUAUUUUGAUAAGGAUAUAGACUGUAUAUAUUGACUACCCACAUCUGGUUACUAUUGAGUAAACUGGAUGUAUUCUUUUAAAUAAAACAGUGAUCUCAAACUCUU